AUGUCAAAUUGGGACUAUAUAGAUGAAGUGGAUAUACUGCCAAAAUUGCCGCCGAAUUUCGACGAAUUGCGCGAAUCGAAAAAGUGGCAAGAGCGAAAAGAGGCGCUGGAAGUGCUGUUGAAACUUUUGACCGACAACGAAAGAUUGUCGACAAAAGUUUCAUAUGCGGAAUUGAUUGGCAAUUUGCAGACUGUGAGUAUUUCUCCUUUGAUAUUUAUGAAACAAUUAGAGAUUUUCGAAAUUCAUCUUGUUUCAUUUCAGAUUCUUGCAAAAGAUGCGAAUAUAAAUUGUCAAGCGUUGGCUGCGAAAUGUAUCGGAAAAUUCGCAAGUGGAUUGCGAUCAAAGUUCGCCGGAUUCGCCACACCUCUUUUGCCUGUCAUUUUCGAGAAAAUGAAAGAGAAAAAACCAACUCUUCGCGAGCCACUUGUUGAAUGUUCAAAUGAAGUUGGAAGAACUAUGCCAAGUCUUGAAGCAAGUUUGGAAGAUAUCGUUGCAGCAUUGGCUAAACCAAAUCCUCAAAUAAAACAACAAACUGUGCUUUUUGUGGGAAGACAACUCGAUUUAUUAGCUCCAGCAAAACAACCAAAAGCUCUUAUCAAAGCGAUUGUUCCAAUUAUGGGAAAAUUGACUGGUGAUGCUGAUUCGGAUGUUCGAGAAGCUGCGACUACUGCAUUGGGAGCGGUUUCGAGAUUGAUUGGCGAGAAAAAUGUGAAAAGCUUGUUGGGCGAUGUUGGAGCAGAUGAUGCGAAAAUGAAAAAAGUUGCAGAAGCCGCUGAAAAAUCAGCACAGAUAUUCGCAGAAGAACAAGCUAAGAAUGCUCCACCAGCACCACCUGCAGCAACCACUUCCACAUCUUCUCCAGCUCCGAAAUCUGCUGGAAAGUCUCCUGCAGCCGCCGCCGCAGCAUCUCAAGAACCUGUUGAAGCAGAUCCUUGGGAUUUCCUUGACGCUUUUGAUGUUUGCGAAAAACUUCCAGAUGGAUUUGACACAAAUAUUGAAAGCAAAAAAUGGCAAGAGCGAAAAGAAGCGUUGGAAGGAUUACUUGCUUUGAUGACAGCCAAUCCAAAACUCGAGCCGAAAGCGAAUUAUGGAGGAUUGGUUGAGAAAUUGCAGAAGAUUUUGGCGAAGGACGCGAAUAUCAAUGUGGCUGCAUUGGCUGCUAAUUGUUUAACUGGUCUUGCCAAUGGAUUACGCGUCAAAUUCUCGCAGUUUGCCAUUUCUGUUGCGCCAACGAUUUUCGAUAAAUUCAAAGAGAAGAAGCCGACUUUGCGAGAUCCUUUGGUUCUUUGUAUUGAUGCAGUUCUUGCAACUACGAAUUUGGAGAAUCUUGCUGAAAUUAUCGUUGAAGCAUUGGCCAAACCAAAUCCUAGCAUCAAAACGCAAACUGAUUUGUUUUUACAAAGAAGUUUUAUGAAGUUAAACUCGCAAACGAUGCCCAAAAAAUCGCUGAAAACCUUCAUCCCACUUCUCAUCAAACAUUCCGGAGAUUCCGAUUCGGAAGUUCGUGAUGCUUGUUAUGCAGCAAUGGGUGCAAUGAUGAGAGCGAUUGGCGAAAAACCGGCACUUUCACUUCUUGCUGAUAUUGCUACGGAUAAUAUCAAAAUGGGAAAGAUCAAGGAGUAUCAUCAGAAGGCGCUGGAAGAAGCUGGACCGGCUGAAAUUGCUGCAAUGGUUCAAAGUAUUCAUAAAUCGGAUGUGAGUUUGCUUGUUUUCGUGAUUUUUUUCUAUAGCUUUUGUGAUUGUGAUUGUGUUAUUUAGGCGCCAGUUGCCACGUCGACACCAAAACCGAAAUCUGCACCAGCGAGAAAAGUUGUUGAAGAGCCGGAAGAAGAAAAUCUAGAGGAAGAACCGGAAGAUGAGGUUUGCUUUGAAUGUUGUAAAAUUGUUGUUGAAAUGGAAAAAUUAGAAUUUUUCACAAAAAAACAUUUAUGAUUUUUUGAAAUUGUAAAUUUUUCACAACAAAUAAAAAAAACCAUAUUUUUGCAGCCACUCAAACUGCCUGCCGGUGGACCGAGAAAAGAGGAGAAAAAGAAGGUGUCACCACGUGAAAAUGCUGAAAAUGAGCCACCAGCUCCGCCACCAAAGCAAGAACUCCUUCUCGCCGAAAACAACGAAAAAGCGCAACGAAUUUCGGAUGAGCGCAAGCUGAAAUUGGUCAAAUGGAACUUCCAAACACCAACCGAUGAACACAUUGCACAACUUCAGCAAUUAUUGAGUCAACAGGCGAAAGUUUCGUUGAUGUCGCAAUUGUUCCACAAGGAUUUCAAGCAACAUUUGUCGGCGUUGGAUUCGUUGUUGAAAGUGGGUGCAUUUUUUUUGAGAGGAGGGAGUUUUGGGGCUGAAAAUUUUGAUUUUCUGGGAUUUUUGGGUAAAAACUGGAGAGAUGUAUUUUCGGAAUUUCCCCCUAACCCACGCCCGACGAGGCGUGUCCAAAAAGGAUACUGUACAAAAAUUUUCAAAUAAAAAUUCCCGCCCAAACCAAAAUUUGGAUUCGGGCGGGUAGCUAAUAAAAAUUUUCAAAAUUUUUUUCAUUUCACUGCACAUGUUUUCAUGAAAAAGUGGGGUGUUCAUUGAUUUUCAGCGGAUUUUGAUGAAAAUAUUCGAAAAAAUUCAAAAUUUCACGCUGCACAAUUUUUAUUCUGAAAAAAUUUUCACGCUGCACAAAAAUUUUGGGACACUCUCUCGCCAAGUGUGCCCUAACCCCAAAAAUAUGAAAUUUUUCCAGCUGGCCGAUAUUGCACCAAAUGUCAUCCUUUCAAACAGCGAUCUUUUGCUCAAAUGGUGCACUCUUCGUUUUUUCGAAACCAAUCCAGCCGCCCUCAUCAAAGUUCUCGAAUUCUCUCGAGUUAUCGUAACUCUAAUUCAAGACACUGAUACUCAAAUGACACAAGAAGAAGUCGCCUCAUUCGUGCCGUAUUUGUUGCUGAAAACUGGAGAACCGAAGGAGAAUAUGCGAUUGGCUGUCAGAAAUAUUAUCGAUAUUUUAUCGAAUAUUGUUGGACCAUUGAAGUUGACACCAAUGUUGAUUGGUCAGUUUUUUCUUUGAAAAAUUUGGGAUUUUUAUUGAAUUCUGCCCAUUUUUUCCCACAGAAUUCAAAAUUUUGCCACGUGGAUUUCCCUGAUUUUUUGUUUGAAAAUUCAAAAAUUUUUUGCAGACGGUCUCAAAUCGAAAAACGCUCGCCAACGCACCGAAUGUCUUUUGGUCAUCGAAUCCUACAUCAAUUCGGCCGGAAUAAUUCCGCUCAAAUCACUGAACAUCGAAAAAACGGUGGCGGUAUUCGUUGGCGAUAAAGAUAUGAAUGUGAGAAAUGCGGCGAUAAAUGUGCUCGUGGCAUGUUAUCGAUUCGAAGGCGAACAAAUGUGGAAAUUGGCUGGAAGAAUGGCGGACAAAGAUCGAAGUUUGGUAGAGGAACGAAUCAAAAGAUCGGGAGCCAAACCGGGAAGUGGUGUUCCAUCGGGCGAAACUUCGAGACCUGGAGGUGGCCCGAAAAUCGUUGUGCCCCAACAAGGAACUGUUGUCAGACCAAGAUCGAGAACUCGAGAUCGUGGUGCUGAAAAUGACUAUAAUUCGACUUUCACUCGAAAUGAUGAUGAAGAAGUUCAACAACAACAACAUGUUCCACGAAGCACUUCUCGAUAUGCAUUGAGAGAAGAUGAUAUUAGUGGAGCAUUUUCGAAAUUGGCAAACAAUUCGAUUCUUCAACCGAUUGCUAGUGCACCGACAUCAAGAUGGGGAAAUUCGCAGCAAAAUCAUCAACCGAUGAAGUAUGUUUCAAUCUGGGGAAAGGGAGUGGGAAAAAAUCUUGAAAUUUUGAUCUAAACAGUGUCAAUCUUCAAUUUUUCCAGGCGAACCAAUUCAUCUUCUUCAAUUUCAUCGAUCGAUACAUCGGAUCAAAUUCAACGAAGUAUCAACAACAUAUCAUCGAGUUUGUCCGAUGUUGCACAAGAUGCUCUCUAUCAAGUCACAUAUGUUUUGAAUCAACCAGAACAACGGCAUUUGGUCGAUCGACAAGCCGAUUUGGUAUUUCGAGCCUGCGCCGCACAAUUCGAUAUUAUGCAUGAGGAAUUCCGAGCCGAUCGAGAUAUUUCCGGAAAAAUGGAAGCUUGCACACAAAUGCUAUUCAUUGUGAGUUUUGAGGGAAAAUUGAUGGAAAUUGGGAAGUCGAUAUCCUCCCCAGAAAAAUCAUAAUUCAGUGUUUUCUUACAGCUUCUCGGCGGUGUCGAUCAAGAUUCAUCACUCGAACCACUUGUCGCAACAAUCGAAACAAUUCGAUCAAUAAUGAUAAGUGUAUUGAGAUGUAUUAUUGGAAUUGGAAGCACUGAAAUCGGAUAUGCGAUGGCAAGAAAUUUGAAUCGCCUCAUUAUGCGACUCAUUUAUCGUGUUGAAUUAUCGAAUUUGUUAUGUGGAUGGGUUUCGGCAAUGACGGAAUCGUUCAGAAAAUAUAACGAUGUCACAACUUUGGUCUCAAAGCUCGCCUCAAAAUGGUGUGACGAGCUCGAGAAGCGUCGAACUCAACUUCGCGCCUCGGACGUCGUCGAAAACUUCAAUCAAUUCUACAUUUGCACACUUGUCGAACAAAAAUUGAGCAUCGACAAUGAAUACGUUCUAAUGAUGGAUAACACAUUGGAACGUGUCAUUAUACAACAAGGUGAAUAUGUGAUGGAUGCGGCGAGACGAUUGCCAACACCACACAUGCAUUUGACGAGUUUGAUCAAUAAAGUGUUGCAACAGAUGAGAGAACAAGGAAUUCAGCCGAUUUUGCCAGGAACUGUUAGUUUUUUGGGGAAAAAGGGAGGAGGUUGGGUUUUUGAUGAAUUUUGGUCCCUAUUUUCUAAAUUUUGAAACUGGAAAAAAAACCCGGAUUCAUCAAAAUAUUCCCUCCAAAUUGUUAUUUUUCCAGCUCGAAGACACAUCCGCGCUCAACGAAGAUGAAACAAUAAUAAUUCGAAAUGAGGCAACAGUACUCGUUGAUAACAUUAUCCGAGACACCAGCAAUGCUCAAAAAUAUGUGGAGCAAUUGAAGAAAAUCAUCGAGUCGGACCAAAAGCUGAAAAUCGAAUAUUUGGAAUACACGAAAAAGCAUGUGUUGGGUGAAAUGGUUCGAGAAUUGGUCGAAUCGUAUCGACCCAACUAUGGAUCCAGAUUAUCGGUUGGUUGAAUUGGGACGGGAUUUUUCAUUGAAAUUUCUAAAAUAUCUGCUGAAUUCCUACGUGGGAAAAAUAUUUGAAAAUACAACAUUUUCUGAAAUUCUCCCAAAAAAUGCAGUUUUUGCAGACCGCUGGAAUGGCACCACUCAAUGUGUUGAAAACCAUCUCAUUGAUGGGAGAAUGUGAAGAAGCACCACAGCAGAGACAGCCGCCGCCACAACAGAUGAAUUUGUGAGUUUUUCGUGGAAUUUCUAGAAAUUCCUUUUUUAUCAUUUGAAAAGGUCAAAUAUUUGAGAAGUCAUAAAAUUUUUAUGAUGAAAUAAAUUUUUUUUCUCAAAAAGAACUGAAAUUUCCUCGAAUCAUGAUUUAAAAAACCUUAAACCGAAUAAUUUUUGCAGCGAAACUCCAUCUCGUCGCGAACCCGCUGCAGCCGCUCAAACCAUUCGCCGACCAAAAAGAACAACAAUGUCGCGUGAACAACUCGCCUCAAUCAAACAGCAACUCGAUCGAGUCAAGCAACAGUAA